AAAUAAAAUAUCAAGUAAUUAAUUAUUACAAUCAUUAAUGUAUUGAAUGUGAUAAUACAAUAAAAGAUUUAUAAUGAUAGAAUAGUAACCGGAUUGUAUAUAUAUUUAUAUGUAAACAAAAGAUAGUAUGGAAUGGACAUUCUUAGUGUUCAGUGAUAUUGAACGAAAAUAUGGUCAACUUUCAUUAUUCUAAUAAAGAUUUAUAUCAUACUUCACAAUUCUCUUCUUCAAACCAACAUGAUAAUCAUUGUCAUGAUGAUCUACAUUGUACUAAAUAUUUGAAUUAUACAAUUAAUGAUAAUAAUGAAUUAGAUUUGUUAAGAUCCAUAGAAUUAUAUGAAAAUGAAAAGUCUGUUUCAAAUCUAUCUGCAUUGGAUCAAUUAUCAACUCCUCCAAAUAAUGAUAAUGAUUGUAAAUCACCAAGAAUUGAUGAUACAACAACAAUAGAUAGUUGGACACCAUCAACUGAUCAGUCGUUUAUACGUCAAGAAAUAUUAUUAAAUAGAAUGAAAAGUUGGAAGUUGUAUAGAAAUACUAGUCCAUUAAAUUACUUCAAUAAUAUGAAUAAUACUAGCAAUAUUGAUAAUUUACCUGAAAAAUACUCUAUUAAAUAUAGAUUUAGAACAUUUGAAGAUGUGCCUAAGGAUCAGAUGGAUAACCAUGUAGCUACGGUACAUAUAUUUAACCGGUAUUUAAUGAAUAAUGAAUAUGGGCAUGGAAAUCAACUACAAAUAUUGAAAGAUGCUCAUUCAUCACCUGAAUUAAGUGAAAAUUUAACAGAACAGUUCAUUACACCAUCAGUCAGUGAUGGUGUGAAAUUAGAUGCCUGUAAUCAGGAAUUAGAUCAUCAUACACGUUUAAAUGCAAGACAUCGUAUAUGUGAAGAAUAUUUACAAUGUUUAGAGAAACGAUAUAAUAUUAAUAUGAAUCAAUCAAAUGAUGAAAUGAAUAAAAUAAAUUUAACUGAAUAUGAUUUAAUACCGCAUAGUUUAUAUAUAUCAACAAGUGUUGAUGGUUUACAUUCAAUGUUAACAACAGUACAAAUGGAUUCUUCUAAAAUGUAUCAUUCAAUUGAUCAAACUACCUUGAGACAAAAUACAACUGAAGAGAAAAUUAUUGCAAAUAAAUGCGAACAAGAACGUGUACAGAAGAAAACAUUUACCAAUUGGUUAAACACAUAUUUAAGUAAUGCAAAUCCACCAUUUAAAGUUCAAGAUUUAUUUGAAGAUAUCAAGAAUGGAAUAGUGUUAAUAAGAAUAUUAGAAGUUUUAUCAGGAGAGAAACUACGUGCAGAAAGUCGGGGUCAAAUGAAUCGGAUACAUUGUCUAUCGAACAUUAAAACUGCAUUGGAAUUUUUACAUUCUAGGAAUGUUAAAUUAGUCAAUGUCAAUCCGACUGAUAUUGCUGACGGGAAACCAGCUAUUGUUCUUGGUCUCAUAUGGGUUAUUAUACUAUAUUUCCAAAUUGAGGAACAAGAAGAGUUACUACUGAAAAUUUUGGAUCUUCCACCUGGUUCACUUAGAGCGAGAGGUUCAGCUAAACGUGCUCUACAAACCUGGGUUCAAGAAAUUUUCGCUGGAAAAUACGAUGUCCAGAUUCGUGAUUUUGGUCCAAGUUGGCGUGAUGGAAUAGCAUUCAAUGCUAUGGUGCAUAAUAUUGACUCCAGACUUGUUGAAAUGGACAAAGUAAAGACUAGAACACCAAAAGAAAAUUUAGAAUACGCAUUUACUCAAGCUGAAAAACAUCUGGGUAUACCAAGACUUUUAGAUCCUGAAGAUGUCGACGUUGACAGACCAGAUGAAAAGUCAAUUGUAACAUAUGUUGCUCAAUUUUUCAAAGCUUAUCCAGAUGCAGGAAGACGAAGACCUGAUUCACCUACCAAAACGAAUGUCAAACUGAAACUUGAUAAUCUAAUGAAAUUUAUUCGAGAAUCUGAGUUGAAAGUGAAAACAGCUCGAUCGGGGCGUACUAAUUUAAAUGAACAAUAUCAGGUAUAUGAGGAAUUAAUUACAGGAAAAGAGAUAGAAGAAGUAAAUUAUGAAUCAUUGAAAGAUCAAUGGUAUUCUGGUUUAAUAUCUCAUACUGAUUCAUUAAUCAAUCUAAGUGAAAUAGAAAUUUUAGAAGAAUCUUGGAAUAAUUUUAUCAUUAUUAUGAAUGAAUGGUUAUGGGAAAUAGAUGAUAAAAUACCUGGUGAAUUUGGUCGUAUUGCUAAAUGGUUAGGUCAAGCUGAAAAGUGGUUUAAACAAGUAGAUUUAAAAUGGUAUCAAAAACCAUCUGGUACUGAAGCGAUGGGAUUUUGUAUUACAGUAAAUCAAUCAUGGCGUCCUUCAAGUGCUGAACCUCCAUAUUCUCCUCCGUCAAAUGAACUAAUAGAUAAGUUACAAAAUGAGAGAUUAGAAAUUUUUGGAACAAAUAACCAAAAGUUGAACUCUAUUCGUGAUGAUUUAUCUCGUGUUAUUGACAAUGAAAAGACAAACAAUUUGCCUAGUACUUUGAUUGAUAGACUAGGUACACGUUUAUCAAAAGUUACUGGUUAUGAACCUGGAAAUAGUGCAGUUUUAAGUGCAGCAAAAGCUCGUAGAACAUUCCUUGAUAUAUUAUAUAAUGUUAACCGUACAGAAACUAGUACAGGUGUUCGUAUACGUAGUCGUCGACGUGAAAGUGCUACAGGUUUUGAAUAUCGUUUUUGUAAUUGGUUGGAUCUAGUCGAUGGAAAUAUACAUACUGAAACUAGAGAGAUUGUAAAUGGAAUUCUUACCGAUUAUCAGCUUUGUUUAAAAACAGAACAUAUUCCAGAGAAAUUAGAUCAAUGUAAAUCUGAUUUAUGUAAACAUUUUAAUUUAUUAACUAAAAUUGCUCAAUAUGAUGAUCAACUUUUACCAAAAAAUUCUUUGGAUAUUAUUCAACGAUGGCAAGAUGAUUGUGAAUUGAAAUGGAAUUUAAAUAAAUUCAAUCAAUUAAUACAAUUAGGUGAACGUAUUAAACAACGUUUAACUGUUUGGGAUAAAUUAGAUAAUCGUGUUAGAAAUAUAGAAAAUUGGUUGUCACAAUUUGAAGAUUCCACAUUUUCUGAAAAUGAUUGGUUCAGUCGACGAGAUGAAAUAUUUCUCUUAUUAGAAGAGGCUAAUGAAGCCGCUCACUAUCUUGGUGAAUCAGCCGACCAUCAUAGAUUGGAAAUGUUUCGUAAAAGGAUUGAGAAACUAGAAUCCGAUAUUUCCAAAAGAAAACAAAAGAAUUUAGAAAAAAUUGAAGCAAAACGAUUAGCGGAUAAAUUAAAACUUGAAAAUGAAUUAAAUAAUCAUUUAAAUAAAAUGGAAAAGUGGAUAAAUUCAAUAAAAGAUUUAAUUGAGAAUAAAACGAAUUGUAAAUUGAAUAAUUUACAAGUACGUUGUACUUCUAAUGGAUUAUCGAUUAUAGUUGGGCAAUUACAAAAUAUUUUAGAUGAACAACCAAAAAUCACAGAACAUUUACAAAAUGCUACUAUAUUGAGUCAAGAUCCAAUUAUUCAACCAAUACAAUUAGAACAAAAAGAACAUUUAAUAUGUUUAGAAGAAUUAAUAGAAAAAUUUAUUCAUUUAUUACCAAUAAAAUUAAAAGAUUUAACAGAUAUAACAGAGAAAACUUAUGAAAUAGAAAAAAAUUUAAAUAAUAUUCAUUUACAAAUAAAUGAAUUAGAACAGAAACAAAAUAAUAUUUUAUUGGAAACUGAUAUUCAUACAUGGGAAUGUUCAUCAUUAUAUCUUGAUUUCAAUGACUGUCGUGGGCAUUUAACAUUUACUAAUGGUCAAGUAAAUGAUUUAGAACGUGCACUUAAUUUACAAGAUAAUCGUGGUAUGUCAAUUUUAAACAAGUUUAGCGUUGAAGAGUUAUAUAAUGAAAUAAAAGGUUUCAAUGAUCGUCUUAAUAAUACUGAAAAAGUAAUUAAACGUAAACUUAUUAAUAAACAAUCAAUUAAUGAAACAUUUACAACAUUAAAACAACAAAUGGAUGAAACACAAAUAGCUUUAAAAGAUUUAAAAUAUGCAACAUCAGCUAAUGGAGGGAUUGGUAAAGAAGAUUUAUUGAAUUUGUUAGAUAAUUUAAAAACACUACGUCGUAAAUACACAGAAAGUAUUCAAACUAAUGAUAGACGAUGUCAGAAUUUCUUAAAUUCUGCUGCUUCUCAAGGUGACGGUGAUAUGUUACUCAGUGAAAUGAAAAUGAAAAUAUCUCAGAUGAAAAGUGAUAUAAAUGAACAAUCUACAGAAAUUGAUAAUGAAAUGCAACAAUUAGAUAUUCAGUUAAAUAAAUCAUUAAAAAAUAUAUAUGAAAUUGAAGAAAAAACAAAACAAACAGAUCAAUGGUUAAUAAAUCAAGAAAGACGUUUAACUGCUUUAUCAACUGGACCACUAACACAAUCAUGUGAUACAGUAGAUAGUAUAUCAGAACGGUUAAAGUCCCAUCAACAAUGGGUUGAUGAAUGUAAAAAUUUACUUGAAAGCAUCAAAAAAUAUUCUCAAAAACAUAAUCUACAACCUGAACGAGAUGAUGUUGAUUCUGUUUUUGAAACUGGAUCACCACUAUCUGAUUUGGUAGGAAUGAUGUACAAAAGAAUGGAACAUUUAGAAACUGAUACUAAAGUAAGGCGAUUUUUGUUGGGUUUCUUUUUCUCUUUCUAAAUUUAGUUCAUAAUCGAAUUUUGAACAUUUUUGUAUACAAGAACAUUUAUAUUCAACAUUCUUUGUUUGAAUCUUUAUUUUCCUAAGUAUUGAUCUAUUGAAUUAGUCUAACAACUGGUUAUCUACGAGUAGCUUUCGUCUUGGAGAUAAAUAUUC